AUGCAACAUCUGCUCGUGGCCCUGCUGGCCCCAGCCACUGGGAUAGCAUGUAGCUGGACCCCGUUCCCCGUCUUCCCCUCCAGCCUGCUCUCUGUUCAGCACAGCCACCCCCCUGCUGGAAACCCUCUGCUGACCCCUGUUACCCUGAGUAUAAAAUCCAUCUUCCUUAGCAGUGAGUUGUGCCCUGGCCGUCAUGCCCUGCGCUCCUACUACACUUGGGGGAGCCCCUGCAGGGCCAGGCUGCUCCCCACCUCACAGCUUUGCCCCCGCUGCACUGCUCUGCAGUGGAGGGAGGUGCACUGUAGGCCUGUGACCUGUGGGGAACACAGACCAGCGCCAGCUGUGGAAGCCCAAGGGGGGAUGGGUGGGAGAGGGGGCUGGGGCUCACGGCCCCCAAAGGCCAGGAUGCAGGCGGGCCUCGGGGAGGGGCUCUGGGUGCAGCUUCAGACCCCUCUCCCAGUCUCAUCCGAGGUGCAGCUAGUUAUUGGCACACAGGGAGGAGAGCUGUCCUGCAUAGCUAGGUGUCCUGCUGUUUGUGCGUCAGCUAUGGCGUGUGGGAGCUUGGGGCCCACCCAGGUUCCAGACUCCAGGUCACGCCCUAUGUUGAUGCCCGGCCCUCCUGGUGAGGAUGUGGCUCCCACAGGGUUCUCUUUCCCACCUGAGAAAAAUGCCCACCGUUGGAAAAUUAUUCAUACCAGCGCUCACGUAUCUGAGCAUCUCCUGAUGCUGGUUCAUAGGUGA